AUGGCAGCCAAUCUUCGCGUAGGUGAGCUAUUUGACGUCACUGGCCGAUGGGUCGCAAUCACCGGAGGAGCGUCUGGCAUUGGCCUCAUGCUGGCGCGAGGAUGUGCUAGCAACGGCGCCAACGUUAUUCUUAUAGACGUCAACGAGAAGGCUCUCCACGACGUCAAGCCUGAGCUAGAAGGCCUGUCCGAGUCCUCAUCGGUUUCCAACAAGAUCGAAGUGGCAACAAUACAUGCCGAUCUCUCAAGUGAGGAGGGUAUCAAGGCUGUGGCAGACAAAAUCAAGUCGACUCGAACAUCACUCGACGCGCUGAUUCACUGCGCUGCCAUCCGAUAUAUAAACGAGAUCGCGUACAAGCCAGGAGAAAGCCUGGAUAGGCUCGAAGCCGCGACAUUGUCUGCUCCCUACAGGGGCUGGGAGCACACCUUCCGCCUCAACGUCCUUGCGCCCUAUUACCUCACCGCCGGCCUCGUGAGUCUUCUUGGCACAGCCGCGGCACAGGGAGAUGGACGAGGAUCAGUCAUCUUGUUCAGCAGCCCGGCCAGUGUGCACAACCACCAAUUUGUGCCCUGUUAUCAGACCUCCAAGGCGGCCGUAGACCAUCUAGUGAGGAUAAUGGCAGCCGAGUUUGCAGACUUCUAUAUCCGUGUCAAUGCGAUGUCUCCCGGCCUGGUCCCCUCUAGCAUGACUCCCAAUGACGGGAGCUCCAACCUUCGCUUGGCAGGCGAGACUCCAGCGAAACGGCCGGGAACUGAGGAAGAUAUGGUUGGUUGCGCUCUGUGGCUGAUGAGCAAAGCUGGCGCUUUUAUGGACGGAAAGGUUGUUCGCAUUGAAGGGGGACGCCUUCUCAUCCUAAAGGGCGUCACAUCGAAUUCAGAUUAA